UCGCUUUCUUUCUUUUACUCAAUUAUCACCCGCUAAUCGUCCACUCUGCCUGCUUCUAUCUAGCAGAGUAAACUCUAUCAUGGAGAUGGACAAGCCAGAACCAACAUGGGCGGAAUUGCUAGGAAGCAAACAGUGGGAAGGUCUGCUCGACCCACUAAACCUAAGCCUCCGGCGACUGAUCCUCCGAUGUGGGGAUCUUUGCCAAGCCACCUACGACGCAUUCAACAGCGACCCACGCUCUAAGUACUGUGGCAGCAGCCGCUAUGGCAAGCGUUCCUUCUUUGAGAAGGUAAAAUUCCAGCCCGCUUCUGACUAUGAAGUUGCUGCCUUCCUCUAUGCCACCUCCCGCGUCGACGUCCCUCAAGCCUUCCUCCUCCACUCCCUCUCACGAGAAGCCUGGGACCGCGAAUCCAAUUGGAUUGGAUACAUCGCCGUCACCUCCGACCAUGUCAGUAAAAAAGUUUUAGGGAGACGCGAGAUAUACGUAGCAUGGCGAGGAACCACUCGGAAUUACGAGUGGAUCGAUGUCGCCGAUGCAAAGCCUAAGUCCAUCAAGUCACUACUGAAUUCACAGACGCAAGACCAUACUCAACAGCAAAGCCACUGGUACGAUCUUAUCCUGGACAGAGUUCACGACAAUGGCAGCGGCGACAGUAGUGACGAGGAGGAGGAGGAUAGGACGCCGAAGGUCAUGAAGGGUUGGUUCACCAUCUACACCUCUAACGACCCAAAAUCCCCCUUCACUAAACUGAGUGCCAGAGCUCAGUUCGUAACCAAGAUGAAAGAACUGGUGGAGCAAUACAAAGACGAGGAGCUAAGUCUUACACUAACAGGUCAUAGCCUUGGCGCAUGUCUAGCCAUCCUGAGCGCUUUCGAUGUCGUCGAGAACGGGUUGUCGAUCCCUGUAGCAGCAAUUGUGUUCGGCUGCCCACAGGUGGGUAACAAGGCAUUCGAUCAGAGGAUCAAGAAGUUUUCAAACCUCCGAAUCUUGCACGUAAAGAACGCAAUAGAUCUAAUACCACACUACCCAAGCAGGGCACUGGGGUACCAUUACACUGGCACUGAGCUUGUGAUUGACACUCGGAAAUCGCCAAGCUUGAAAGACUCCAAGAAUCCCAGUGACUGGCAUAACCUUCAAGCGAUGUUGCAUGUGGUUGCGGGUUGGAAUGGAGCAGACAAGGAGUUCGAAUUGAAGGUGAAGAGAACUAUUGCUCUGGUUAACAAGUCCUGUGAUUAUCUAAAAGAAGAGUUAUUGGUUCCUCCGUCAUGGUGGGUUGAGAAGAACAAGGGCAUGGUGCUUAACCAAAAUGAGGAAUGGGAGCUGACCCCGCCAUUUGAAGAUGAUAUCCCUGUCCCUGAAUUUUGAGUUCUAUUAUCCAUUUCAGUGCGGUUUGAUGAUUGAUAGAUCGCAUCUAGUUAUUAUACACUACUUCGAUAAAAAGUUGUACCAUCAAAUAAUCUACUAUGAGACUCUGGAUUAAUUCAUGUUAUGUUGGUUAAA